AGGCCCUUGUGUCUUAACCUCAUGAAAUGCAGAGGAGGAGGGAGGAGUUGGGUGCAAGGUGUUUGCAAGGAGGAGAGCGGAAAGCGAUUGGAUCCAUUUGAACUACGGGGGCAGAUCAUUUAUUCUUGUUGAAGUUUCCAAGCUGGCAGCUUCCCCCAGCCCGCCUGCCUCUUCCCGUAACAAGCCGCUUGCUGCUGCCUAGAUUGGAAGAGCACAGCUUGAAAUAUGUGGCUCCAGUGCCUUGACAGGUCAGAUUGGUGAUGCAGGGCAAUCCUGCAGAAGGCUGAGAGUCUGCAGCUAUCUGUGAGCAGCUUGAACGAGUCCUGGCGCAGCAGAGCACGUGCCAGUUGUGUUUUGCCCUGAUCUGGAGGUGCCCAGGGCUAGUGGAGAGUGUGCCAGCUAGGGCUGCCAGUCAUGCCAAUCAUUGUGAUCCCAGGAAGAGGGGCUGCUGUUGGGUCUAAGAGGAUUCUGCCCUCUCCCGCUUAGGGCGCCGUCUCUCUGGGAAAGAUGUCAGCAGACCAGGGUUACUGGAACAACCUGACAACCCUGCAGAAAAUCGCUCUGGCCCUUGGGGUCCCAGCCAGUGCAACUGUCCUGUACAUCUUGUACCGCAGGUACAGAGAAAGCCGAGAGGAGCGGCUGACGUUCGUCGGCGAGGAUGACGUUGAAAUCGAGAUGAAGAUCCCCCAGGAGGCUGUGAAAUUGAUAAUCGGACGGCAGGGUACCAAAAUCAAACAGCUGAGGAAGGAGACUGGCGCCCGCAUUGAUGUGGACACGGGGGACUCCGGUGAGGAGCGGGUGCUGCUGAUCAGUGGCUUCCCUGUCCAGGUGUGCAGAGCGAAAGCUGCCAUCCACCAGCUCCUGGUGGACAACGCCCCCGUGGCAGAGCAGUUCUUGGUGCCGCUGCUGGAAACUUUCCUGCUCCCUCCCCACCUCCCGGGCGGGGAGACCGUGCGAGCCAUCUGCCGCAGCUCGGGAGCCAAAGUGGAGUGUGACAGGGAGACCGACAACGCCCUGUGUCUGACCCGCCUCAUCAGCCUCUCCGGGACCCGCAAGGAGGUGAAUGCGGCCAAGCAACUGAUCCUGGAAAAGCUUUCGGAGGAUGACGUGUUUCGAAAGAAACUGGCCCAGGCGGCGGCCACCCGGUGCCUGCGCAAGCAGCCCUUGGGCGUGAGAAGAGAGGAUCCUGGGCAGCAGGAGGUGCUGCCACGUCCCUGUGGCGAGGCCCGCAGCCAGCUGGCGAGCCCUCAGCAAGGGGCAGGGGAUGGAGAUGGGCAGCUGGCUAACGAAGCCUUAGAUGAACCGCAGGAGCUCCGAGCGGAGAGCAGCUCCCCGGAGGAGCUGGUGAUGGAGGCCAGCCAAUCAGUGCCCAUGUUCGAAGUCCCCAGCCCUGACUUCAGCUUCCACGCGGACGAACACCUGGAGGUUUACGUCUCGGCCUCAGAGAACCCCAGCCACUUCUGGGUUCAGAUCGUCGGGUCCCGCAGCCUGCAGCUCGACAAGCUGACCUGCGAGAUGUCCCAGUACUACGAGAGCAGCAGCUGCUCGCCUGAAUUCCCGAAUGUCCGAGUAGGCGACAUCGUGGCUGCCCCGUACACUGGUCACAGCGCCUGGUACCGGGCCCGAGUCCUGGGGACUCUGGAGAACGGCAACUUGGAUCUUUAUUUCGUCGACUUUGGGGACAACGGGGAAGCCCCGCUGGAGGCGCUGCGAGCGUUGCGGAGCGAUUUCCUGAGCCUGCCCUUCCAAGCGAUCGAGUGCAGCCUUGCUGGGAUCGCCCCCGCGGGAGGGCAGUGGGAAGAGGCCGCCCUGGACGAGUUUGAUCGCCUCACCCGUUGUGCCGAGUGGAAGCCCCUGCUGGCAAAGAUUUCCAGUUACGUCCAGUCCGGCGUCUGUACCUGGCCACGCAUCUGGCUUUAUGACACCAGCGGCGGACAGAGCCUUGACAUAGGGGAGGAGCUGGUCCGGCUGGGUCACGCUGUGUGGUGUCGGCAGGAGGAGGCAGAUGGAGCAGCAGACCACGGCUGCAGCAUCCCAGAAGAUGCUGGAACUGCCCCUCUCUGUGGCUCAGGGGAACGCUGCAGAGACCUCCCUCGAGAGCCUCCUAUCCGAGACCUGUGUCAGCCUUUCAGCAACGGCAGCUCCCCUGCCGCCCUGCCCUCUGGGGACAGCAGCUGCUACUCCCUCCGGGGCUGCUUCUAUUACCUCUCCACUUCAGAAGACUGGUCCAGCUCCUCCGUCUUCUUCAGCGGCUCGGGCUCUGCCAGCGGGUCCCUCCAGAGCCUCAUCCUCAUCAGCGCCCCUGGCAGCGAGGAGGAGGAGGAGGCGGGGCUGAGGGCCUGUGAGAGAGGAGACUGGCGCCUGGAUCGAGACGACUGUGAGGAUCCCCGCGGGAGCGGGGGACUAAAAUACUGUGGGAAAGCGGAAGGCAAGACCUCUGCUAUUGAUGCUGGGCCCCGGCGGUGCCGUUUUACCGUGGCAGUGGGACCCACCUGA